AUGGCGAAGAAGAGAAAGGCUGGGAAAGCCCGGGCGCCGCCCACUGGCGGUGAUUCCAAAGCCGAUUAUACGUUUGAUGCAACAGAGACUUUUGACGACUCGGAGGACGAGUUUUUCGCCGGCCGCGACAAAAUCCUGCUAGACGAAGGACCAGCGGCGAAACGUCGGAGGAGGAUGGAAGAGCAGGAGAAAGAUUUACAGCCGUCCGAUGAAGAAGUGUAUCAGGACGUAGGGUCCGAGCCCGAGAGCGAAGAUGAGGAUGAGGAUGAGGGCGCUGGCGAAGAAGACGACCAGUUUGACGAUGACCUAGAGUACGAACUCACCGGCCGCAAAACUCGUCGGAAAGAGGCUGGCGAGGAAGAUGAAGAGGAUGAAGACGACAUUAACUGGGGCACGUCCAAGGCCGACUAUUACAAUGCCGAUGUGAUUGAGACCGAAGCCGAUGCCCUUGAGGAAGAAGCAGAGGCGCGGCGGUUACAGCAGAAACAGCUGAAGAGCAUGACAGAGGCAGACUUUGGCUUUGAUGAGAGUGCAUGGAUCGACGAGAGCAAACAAGCACCAGCGAAGCGUGUCGCGGCCGUCGAAAAACUUCCGGACCUCCAAGUGCCUGAAACAGCAACGGUCGAGGAGCGUCUGGACAUGCUCAGGACCCGGUACCCCGAGUUUGAGCCAUUGUCAAAGGAUUUUCUACGUUUACAGGACACAUAUCAGACCCUGAAGAAGGAGGCGGCACAGUCAGAGGCAGAUCGUCAAUCUGUAUCCUGGACCAAGUUCCGUGCGCUAUCUGCAUAUCUAGGCGCAGUCGCCAUGUACCUGGCCCUGCUGACAUCCACCAAAUCCGGCAUGGCUCUGCCGCCUGCGGAACUGCGCGAACACCCCAUUAUGAACAAUCUGGUUCGCUGCCGGGACCUUUGGCUUAAGGCCGAAGCGCUCCGUCCGAUUGAUGUACAGACCGUGCCAGAAGAUCACUCCCUCCAACCUGCGGACGAGAAGAAGCAGGAGCCAGCAGUCGGUGUCUCACAGAAGCAGAAAAAAGCCAAAAAGGAGAAGACGAAGUCGAAAUCGAAAAAGGAGCGGAUGUCGAUUUCGCGCUCGCCUUCCCCUAUACCAUCCAUGUCCGAAUUCUUCCCGCCAGAGGCCGAGGUCAAGCAAGCCACCAAGAAGAAGAAGUCGCGAAAGCCGAAGCGCAACGAUCUCCAAGAACUUCUCGAGACAUCACUGCAGCAGUCCGCCAAUGCUGCCGACGACGAGUCCGAUUUUGGCGACGAAGGACCCCUGACGCAAGAAGAGGCCGCCGAAAAGGCCCGGCGGAAAAAGAGUUUGCGGUUCUACACGUCUCAGAUCGCCCAGAAGGCCAACAAACGCGGUGCCGCGUCACGCCACGCCGGAGGCGACGACGAUGUCCCGUACAAAGAGCGUCUACGAGACAAACAGGAACGACUUAUGCGCGAAGCCGAACAACGAGGAAAGUCAGCUGCGCGGGGCCAAGAAGCCUUGGAUGGCAACGACUCCGGCGAUGAUGACGCCGGCAAGGGUGCACAGUUGAACGACGAAGCAAGUCAGUACUAUGACAUGCUCGUGGCCAACAAGGAGCAGAAGAAAGCCGAGAAGCGAGCCAGGGCGGAAGCCUACGCCGAGGCGGCCAGACAAGGAGCGGGCGCACAGGUGUACGAAGAAGAGCAGAUUGGGCCCGACGGCAAGCGCAAGAUCACAUACGCCAUCGAGAAGAAUAAGGGUCUCGCCCCCAGAAGGAAGAAGGAAGUCCGGAACCCUCGAGUCAAGAAGAGGAAGAAGUUUGACGAGAAGAUGAAGAAGUUGGCUUCCAUCCGUCCCGUCUACAAGGGUGGCGAGGGCCGAGGUGGAUACGGCGGCGAAGCCACCGGCAUCAAAACUAAUGUCGUCAAGAGUAUCAAGUUGUAG